CCAGGUUUUCUCGGGUCGCCUCGGAGUCAAACACACACCGACAAGUGCUCUCAAUUUGGUUAUCUCUUGAGAGCUUGCGUCAAAUUGUUAUAGUUCCGACUGUCUGCUUUCAAAAGCAUUGUAUCUAAUCUGAGUUUUCUUUCCAGGACGUCAUGUGACCUACUAGCUGCCUUAGCCACUCUGCCCGGAGCAUCAUGAAGGACAUUACGACAGUCGAAGCGGCUGCUUCUGCUAGUCACGCCAUUCCCGCCAUUGAAGAUGCUCCACAACAGGAUGCUACUUUCCCCGGUGAAGAAAGACUGGGUCUCGUCGGCAGGGCGCGUCGGCUGUCGUGUCCUCCCGAGGGCCCCGUCUCGCAGGGCCUCUCCUGGCUCCUCCUCCUGGCGCUGGCCUGGGGCGCCCUCUGGGGCCUCUUCGGGGACGGGGCGCUGCCUGGCGGCCACUUCUUCUCCCUCCUCGCCCUCGUCUGCGCCGCCUACGCGGGCGGCCAGCUGGUCAAGCUUGUCCGGCUGCCACCACUCUUAGGAAUGCUCAUCACCGGAUUUAUCCUGAGGAAUGUGGACGCCAUCAAUGUCGUCAGGCACAUCGAGCCCAGCUGGGCUUCUGAUCUCAGGAGCAUGGCGCUGAUCCUAAUCCUCAUCCGGGCUGGGCUUGGGUUGGACGCGACUGUGUUGCGCAACCUGGGAGGAGCCUGCCUCCGACUCACGUGCUGCCCUUGCCUUAUGGAAUGUGCCGCCGUCGCCGUCAGUGCAAGGCUCCUUCUCGGCUUCCCUUGGCUGUGGGGCACGCUUCUUGGGUUUGUGCUGGGGGCGGUGUCCCCCGCCGUGGUGGUGCCGAGCAUGCUGUGGCUUCAGAGCGAGGGCCUGGGGGUGGACCAGGGCAUUCCGACCCUGGUCAUGGCCGCGGCCAGCUUCGACGACGUCCUCGCCAUCACGGGCUUCGGCGUCGUCCUCGGCAUCGUCUUCUCCAAAGGCAACCUUGCGUGGAACAUUGCCAAGGGUCCCUUGGAAGCUGUUGUGGGGCUCAUCUUUGGAGGCGUCGUAGGAGGCCUCCUCUGGUUCCUGCCCAGCGCACAGAGUGGUCAGCGGACCACACUCCGUCCCGUGCUGCUGCUGCUGGCCGGGCUGUGCGUCAUGUUUGCGGCCCGCAGGGUGGAGUUUGGGGGCUCGGGUCCCCUGGGGUGCAUCGCAGUGGCGUUUGUGGCCGCCUUCCGGUGGAACAAGGAUCAGCACGGGGCGGCCUCGGCGAGCGAGACUUGCGCCCUGCUGUGGGAGGUCUUCCAACCGAUCCUGUUCGGUCUGAUUGGCUCCGAGGUCCAGAUCAAGGAUGUCGCUGCGGACACUAUGUGCUGGGGCUGGGGGGUACUUGGCAUCUCGCUGACGCUGCGGAUGACCACCUCCUUCCUGGUGGUGUACGGGGCCAGCCUCAGCCUCAAGGAGCGCCUCUUCGUGGCCAUUGCAUGGUUGCCCAAGGCCACAGUGCAGGCAGCCAUUGGGCCAGUGGCUCUAGACUACGCCAGAAACCUUGGCGCCGACGACAGGACAGUGUCCCUCGCAACCCAGGUGUUGACGGUGGCGGUGCUUUCUAUCCUGGUGACGGCACCGAUUGGGGCGGCAGCCAUUGCCCUGUCGGCGCCCCGUCUGCUGCGGCGCUCGGCAAGGUCUCUCGAUCCAGCGAAGGGACGCGCGGUCACCGAACCCAACGAAGCAGACGUCGACAUGUCCGUCCUGUGAAACGCGGUGAUCUUGGGACGCGACGAAGAGCCGCGACAUUUGACUGCCGCGUCCCGGAAGCCGAGGCGUCGUCGAAAUGCCGUCGGUUUUGCAGAUCUCAAGAACGCAAAUGGUGUGAAAGGCAGGGACCGGGGCAACAUUGAUCCCGUUCAUUUGCUCCCCCUGUCGCUCUCCCUCGCGCCGUCCAGAUUUCUGACGUCUAGCUAAUAGCCUAUCGAAAUAUUCUGGCACGGGUUUGGCGGAAUCGCCGCCGAAGGCACCUUUCUGCCACUUCAGUUGGCGUGGUAUACAUAUUGGUGCCAAUUCGUGCAUUUGGUGCAAGGUGUGGCUGUAGCCUAGUCAUUUGCUGCUACAUUGUACAAUGGCCACUAGCAUAAAGGCCAAUUCACGGAGGAGCUUUUGCUUACAUUUUCUUACGUUAUACGUUCCAAGUCACCGGAACGUCCGUGCCUCGCAUGUUACGUGUAAGGCUACUACUCCUUGACCUCCGGUGACUGUCGACGUAAGCAAACGUAAGCUUUCUUGGGUGGCUUCGGGACUUACCGGCAGAGUUUGAAACGUAUGGUGACAAA